GAGCUUGAUGACUUUGAUCCGGUGAGAAAUAUCACCCAAAGCGAGGACUGUCUGGUUUUAAACGUAUGGACACCUAAAACGCCUACCGGUGACCGACAGAAAGCGGCCCUAAAACCGGUCAUGUUUUGGAUACACGGCGGAGCACUUAUAACUGGCUCAUCAUUUCAAUGGCAAUACAAUGGCACAGCACUGGCCACCAAUGAUGUGGUCAUUGUGUCCGUUAACUAUAGGUUAGGACCGUUUGGUUUCCUAUACGGGGAUCGGGAGGACGCGCCCGGAAAUGUGGGACUCUAUGACAUGUUAUUUGCAUUAAACUGGGUUAGAGAAAACGUUCAUUCAUUUGGCGGAGAUAGGGAUCAGAUCACUAUAUUUGGUGAGAGCGCCGGCACGUGGGCCGGGGCGUCAACCCUCAUACUCUCCCCGCUAUCCAAAGGCCUAUUCAAGAGGGCUAUUAUGGAGAGCGGCGCCCAUUAUUACAAUAGCCUAUUCAAGAGGGCUAUUAUGGAGAGCGGCGCCCAUUAUUACAAUAGUAGAGAUCCUAUGAGCAAAGCCGAGGCCUUGACUUUCGCCAAACAAUUUGCCAAAAGCAUGAACUGUACGGACGGACAGAAAUGGUUGGACUGUUUACGUGGUAUCGACGCCCAGGCGUUGAUCAAAGGGUACGACACAGUCGUUCAGCCGACCGAACCCUAAAUGGCCUAAAUUUAUAGAUAAUAAAAAUAAAGAUUUAUUGCCAAAAGUGAUUGAAUUAAAUCCAUACAAAUUAU